AUGAUUCUUCUCCUCGUCGUCUCCCUUGUGGUAUCCGCGAAUGCUGCGGCGCAGUAUUCAGACUCGUUGGCGAGGAAUUUUAUGUUUCCACUCAGUGCGGCUGCCUAUUCGAACAACCCGCAGAAAUGCCUCGAUCGACUGUUUCCAAAUUCGACAGUGUUUCGCCAAGUCCACGUAAGAUGUGACGCGUUUAAAAAAGAUAAUUGUUCCGGGUUCACUGCCGUUCUCCAUCCGCAAAAGGCGAUUGUUCUGAGUUUCAGGGGUACUAUGCGAUUAUCUCAAUUGCUUGCAGAAAUAAUGAAAACGAUCUUUGUGCAGUUGGUAAAUUCAUCAGUUUUAUUUGAUAGUCUUAGCAUCAACAGCGCCAAUGACGGAUUCGAUAACUACUUCAGAAUUUGGAGUGCAGGAAUGAAUAACGACUUUUACGCUCUACGAGAAAUGUAUCCAGACUACGAAAUUUGGGUUACCGGUCACUCUCUAGGAGGCUCUAUAGCGUCUCUGGCCGCUUCCUAUUUGAUUGGGUCGCGCAGUGCGAACUCAAGUCAAAUCAAACUUAUCACAUUCGGGCAGCCCAGAACUGGGAAUGCUCACUUCUCUGAAAACCACAACAAACAGUUGGAGUACUCGUUCCGCGUGACCCAUUGGCGAGACAUUGUUCCACACAUUCCUCUUGGUCCAAUUGGGGGAUACUACCAUCACAGACAGGAGGCUUUCUACAAAAGCAAAAUGGAUCCACAUGAAGUCAAAAUAUGUAGUGAAGGCGAGGCCCUCGAGUGCAGCGACGGUUUAUGGUUCGCUGCCAGCAUUUACGAGCAUACCCACUACUUCGGAAAGCAUGUCUCUACGUAUGGGGUGAGCGGAUGCGUGAAAUCGGGUCUACCCUUCCACCCCUCCGAUACUCCUUUGGACAUGUUUGAGGUAAUGCCCGAAUGA